ACGCUUGGAACUUACGGAUAUGAUUUUACAUGGAUAACGUUGGUGUCUACAAACAUUCCUAAACAUGUGUGAUUUAGGACAAAGUAGUGACUGGUGUUAUCUUCCAGAUGUUGCUUUAAUAGAGAUUUACAAAUACUUGGAGGAUAGUGAACGGGUGGCUGCAGCCCGUGUAUGUAAAAACUGGUUGCGGCUCUUCGAAACGCCAUUACUAUGGCGGUACAGGUGUGUAAGUUUUGGUGGAUUCGAUGCUAUGGGCACAGCCGAAAGAUCUUGUAGAUAUAUUAAAAGGUUUGGAAAGCACUUGCGAUCAUUAGCCAUAAGAUUCCAAGGACCUACCUAUCGAACGGUGAAAGUCAUAUCUCAAGCAACUGAAGUAUUUUUAAAGAAGUUAGCAGUCAUAGCAAAUAUGCGACUGAAAGAAUUUACACUUUACCAUGCUAAUAUGGAAAAUCACUGGCAUUUUGUGGCCUCCAAAAAUCGUGUUGUUGCUUCACUCUGCCGUUUUCUGCGACGAUGUCGGGAACUUGAAGUACUUAACUUAAUCGCUGCGCGUUUAACACUUGUAGAUGGCUGUAGAAUAUUAGAGUCCCUCGGACGGGGAGCAGCAUCAAAAACUCUUAAACUUUUAUACAUGGAAGACAUGUUCCAAACUAAUGUUAUCCCCGUAUCUAUAUCACGUUAUCGAUAUGCUGUAACAAAGUUGAAAGGUUUAACUUAUAUCUACACCAAUUACAACACAGUGAACGGAGAAAUCUUACAGCAUUUCGCUAGGGAACAGAAAAUGAAAACUUUUACUCUUACUAUUGAUUGCGAUAUCAAUAGUUGGGUGAUAGAACCAGAGAUGUGGACAUACUUUAAGAAGCAAUGUCCUGACACCAAAGUCAUAUUUUAUAUCUAUGCUUCUGGAUUCCGUCAUGGCAUACAGCAUGCACUCCCAGAAACUGUUCCUAUGAAAGAAAUUGACAUAAUUGCAUGGCCAGCAAUCAUUGAGUCGAGAGCAGAGGCACAAAGUAGAUUGUGUGGAUUGAUUCACCACAUUAGUAAUGUUUAUUCUGACACUUUAGAAAGCUUCAGUCUUCACCUUGACAAGAACCAGCCAGUUGACGAUGAAAUUCUGUACUUUCUUGGUAGAUGUUAUCGUCUGAAACAUUUGAGUUUGUUCUGUAAAAUGUCUGUUAAUACCGUGGAGAAGAUUUGCCAAAUGCAAUAUGAUAAACAAUUAAAUCUGCGAUCUCUAAAUCUUGGUGUAUUGGGUCUAGAGGAAACAGAACUGAAGUAUCUAAUGACCAUCCGGGUUCAACUUACACAGGCUAUCAGCCAAAGAAAUAAUAACGUUGUCAUCACAUCGGAGAUGGAGUCAGACGAUGACGAGGAAAGCAUGGAAGAGGAAUCUGAAGAGGAAGAAGAGGACGAAGAAGAUGGUUUAGAAGAUGAAGACGAAGACAGAAAUGUCGAGGAGGAAAAUGGUCACAUACUUGGAAAUCUCGAUGGACAGGCUUAUGAAGAACAACCUCGUGCGGCUGUUGUAAAUAAUGAGGAUGAUGGCAACGAAGACGAAGAUGAAAGUGAAAAUAAUGAAGAGGGCGUCGAAAUAGAAGAACAUGAAAACAAUGAAGAGAGCAACGCAGAUGAAGGGGGAAAUGGUCACAUAAUUGAAAAUCAUGAUGGACAGGCUAAUUCAGAACAACCUAGUGUGGUGGUCAAUAAUGAGGAUGAGGGCAACGCAGAUGAAGAGGAAAAUGAAAACAAUGAAGAGGGCAACGAACUAGGAGAGGAAAAUAAAAAUAAUGAAGAGAACAAUGAAAUUGUAGAGGAAAAUGAAAAUGAAGAGAGAGACGAAAACAAUGUUUUUCUUGAUCACCAACAUGAUGGUGCAGAAAAUGAAAAUGUGGGCGAAAACGAUAAUCAAAACGAUGUCGAGGUUAGCAAUGAAUAUGAUGGCGAGGUUAACAAUGGGAGCAAUGUCGAGGUUAACAAUGAAAACAAUAUAAACAAAGGAAACGAUACACUCAAUAAUGAAAACAUUGAUGGCGGAAAUGUAGAUGAUGCAGACAAUGUGGAACAAUAUAAUGAAGAUGAAACCCUGACUGAUGGUCAACAGGAAAACAGAUCAAAUAUUGAACAUAACUCUUUGAAUGUUAUUAAUUGUGAGCAUCAACACAGUGAAAGCGACAGGAUAAAUAGUGAUCAUAAUUAUGGAAGGAGCUUUGAUCAGUAUUACGAAAAUAUGUCUUUCAAAGAAGACAUCAUUGAUUAUGAUACGGAUAGUAUUGAAAUAGAUGAACAGAGCAACAUGCAAGAGAACUAUAUAAGCAAUCCGGGAGAAACUAGUGGAAAUAAUGGCAGAGAUAUCUGUCCUGGGAAUUACGUUGGAUACGUAGAAGUUUUCCACUGGGAGAAUAGUUGGACCCGUGCCAGAGAAGAUUUCCAUGGUGAGGCUUAUGAUGUCAACAAAUACUUCCCCUUGGAGGACAUUGAAAACGAUGAUGUCCAGUACACGGGAGGCUUUAAUGCAGAAAACAAUGAAGAUAAUAAAGGAGAUAGCGAGAAAGAAUGGAAUGAUGAAAACAGAGGCCAAUUUAACAAUGAAGUUGAAGGAUACAAGGAAAAUAAUGAUGACAAAAACAUGACAAAUGAUAAUGGAGAAAUCAUGUAUGAAGGUCACUUGGAGAAUAUAGGACUGUUUAAUGAUGGCGACGUUACAGGGUACGGUGGAAGUGUAAGAGAUACUGAAAACAUCCGGGAACGAAACUCUGAAAACGGCGAAGAGUUCAAUGGAGAGAAUUAUCACAAUGAUGAUGAAGGAAACAACUAUAAUGAGCAAGUCAACGAAAUCGAUAACGAAAACAUCGAUCAUGAUAAUGAAAACAUCGAUCGUAUUGAUGAAAACAUCGAUCAUGAUAAUGAAAACAUCGAUCGUAUUAAUGAAAACAUCGAUUAUGAAAAUGAAAACAUUGGUCAUGAAGAUGAUAGCCAUGAUGGCAUUGACGAUUCCGAUAUCGAUAAUGACAACAAUGAAGAUGUUGGAGAUGACGAAGCCGAUGAAGCUGAUUAUGAUGAUGAGAAUGAAGGUGAUGAUGAAGGCGAUGAAGAAGAUGAUGAAGAUUCAGUCGAUGAUAUUUUUGCACAAUUAAUGGCAGAAACUGAUGACGAAGAGGAAGAUGAAGACUAUGAUGCUGUAUUAAUGGAGGAUAGAUCUGAGGAUGACGAAUCUACUGAAUAUGAUGAGGAUGAGGAUAAUGAUGAUGAAAACGGGGAUAGAUCGAUAAAUGUAGCAGAAACAACGGACGAAGAAUUGUAAAAAGUUAAUUGCACCGGUAACUCAAUUAGUUU